CCAACUUGUAGAUCACCAUGGGAGGCAGAAGAGAUUCAUUUUUUGGUUAUUCGUUCGACUUAUUGUACAUAUUGCCCGUAUAAUUUAUUGUAGUGUUUCCGGCAAAUGUUUUAGACUCACCGACCCCCCAGUGCCUCCAGUGUAUAAAAACUAUCCAGAAAGCGGAGCGGUAUAUACGGCCUUAAGCCAGGAAAAGUCUGUGAAGGUCACGUGGGAGGAACCAAAAGCAGAAGACGACGAAGGAGUAGUUAGCGAAACCCAAACAUACUACAGUGGUGAUGAAUUCGAUGGUAGUCCGGGCGGACUAAUGUAUACAGUUACAUAUACUGCAAAAGACAGUCAUGAUCUCACAGCAACAUGCAGCUUUACAUUUACUGUGAAAUAUAUAACAUGCGACACUCGAGAUCCGCCAAUGCACGGACGUCAAGAUUGUUCACAUGGAUAUAUCUAUGGAUCAGUGUGUGUUGUGGAAUGCUAUGAUGGAUACGAAGUUGUUGAUGGUGAUACAGCUACUUGCUUGGAAAACCAAACCUGGGAUUAUACACCAGUUUGUCAGAAGACUGUUUGCAUGCCACCAUUCAAUUUAACAAAUGGAAAAGUUGAAUGUGACGACGAGUCGUAUCGUUUCCAAAGCGUUUGCUUAUUUGAAUGCGACAGUGGAUUUUCAUUGAGUUUGAAUAGCCCUAAAAGAAUGGAAUGUCAAGCAGAUAAGACAUGGUCAGUAGUGGUCACUAGUGUUGCGUGUACAGAUAAUGAGCCUCCAAAAAUAGAAUGUUUGUCGCCACAACUAGUUUACGCCGAUCGAGGUGGUUUCACAACAUCUGUUACCUGGGAAGAGCCGUCGGCUACAGACAAUGUAGAUCCCGAUCCAGUCAUAAGAAAACUAUCGAAUAUUUCCCAAGGAGAUAUACUAUCGGAGGGUUAUCAUUAUAUUAUAUAUGAAGCUUCUGAUAAGGAAGGGAAUACUUUACCAGCGUUUUCAAAAUGUACCAUCACUUUGGAAGUAAAAGUAAUAAAGUGUUCUGCUAGCCCCGUAGAUGCAUUAGAAAAACCUCGGUUUAUUAAUUACAACUGCAGCGACACAAUAUAUUAUGAUGGUGUGUCUUGUGACAUUGGAUGUGAAUUAGAUCUCCCAAUCAAUGGCUCAGAUAUUAUGUCAUGUGAAAGAAGUGGAACAAUCGACAAAGGUGUAUGGGUUUGGGGUUUCGAGACGCAACCAUUUUGUGAAGUGGUUACCUGUCCGCCGUUAGAUCCUCCAGAUAAUGGGGCUUUUACAACAGAUUCAGUAAAUGCCAGGCCACUUCAUGUCAUGUUGUGUAAACAAGGUUACGACGUCCCAAGUGUUGGCACCGAAGCUUUCCAAGGAAGAUUAGCCUGUCAAGACAGUGCCGUUGUCUUCCUUUCCAGACUGUAUAAAUAUAAACAGGAAGUAAAGAUGAAAUCAAUACCGGCCGCCUGCGGCCGAAACAAUAAUGCAGAUGUUAGAUUGGAAGGUUGUACGGGGGAUAAACUGUUUUUCAAGACGGUAUUUUCUAAGACGAGACUGCCAGCGGAACUUAUCUAUUCAGGGGACGGCAAUAAUGAAACAAUCCAAGAAAUAAUCAGAGAACAAGUUCUUGUUUAUCUGCAUGGUGUAAUAGAAGAUGUUGACAAAUCAAUUUGUCCAGAUCCAGACACUUGUACAACUGAAAAUAUUGUUGUUGUGUGCGGUGCGAAUUCCGGAAGAAGACGUAAGAGAGAUAUAGGUCACAGUAUUCACAAACGCCAAGAUGGUACCUUUAACGUGACAUUUGAUAUCAUGGUAGUUUUUGAUGCAGGCAACAAGACAGCUGAAACACAUUAUCUUGACAUUCUAGAAUUCUUUGACAACGUCAAAGAAUUGAUAGAAGUAUAUAUAAACGAAGGAAAGUUUGAUAUUCUAAAUUCAACCAUAUCCGCCGAUGCUUUCAAGUCAGAUGCUUCACCGGAAUUCGUAUGUUCUGAUUCAGGAUACAAAUUUGAGUUUGGAAGUUUGAAUUGUAAACCAUGUCCCAGGGGAACUUACCUGCAUUCAACAACAGAAACAUGUACAUAUUGCAAUAUCGGUGAGUACAUGGACCAUGAAGCUGCGACAACAUGCGAUGCUUGUCCCUAUGGAUAUAGCACACUGUAUGAAGGAUCAAAGAACAAAACAGCUUGCAUAAAGCUCUGCAGUCCUGGUUUUGUGUCAAGAACAUCUGUGGAACCAUGUUUUGCUUGUCCAGUCGGUACUUACCAGCCUUAUCUAGGUCAGACAAGCUGCGAGACAUGUCCAUAUGGCACCGCAACCAACGGCACAAAUAGUAUCUCUGUGGAAGAAUGCGGGGCGUUUGAUAUUUUUAUAGGCAGAUUAGAAGAACAAUCCGAAAUUGGCACCUUUGAUAUAAAAGAUUCAGCAGUCCUUGCGUUAGCAUUAUGGCUCAGACCAGUUAACCUUGACAAUUUUCGUCUGUCAAUAUACAUCAGCGACACAUUUGGCGUUUUGAUAAAUAUGACAUUUAUUGACUAUGUUAAUGUUGUAUUUGGAUCUAGUUCUUACAAUACAAGUGAGUUUACGUUGGAAAAAGACCAGUGGACACAUAUUGCAUGCAGUUUCGAUACUACGUCAGGCAGUAUGCAGUUUUAUGGUGGUGGAAAAUUAAUAAUAAGUGAAACGCAAGCAAUAAUAUACCCCUUAAGAACAAUAUCACGAGGAACCGUGGAGAUGGAAAAUCUAUCCAAAGGCAAGUACAUUUAUGCAGAUUUACAGUUCACGUAUACAAUAGUAAUGAUAAGCUUUCAGUCAUUUACAAAGACAUCAGAAAGUAUUAGAAGAAUAAAUAAGAAAUUAAUAAGAACACUUGCAGUUUGA